UUUUAUCUAUGAAGUUCUUAAGAAUAGUGACUUCCUUGAGGUUAAUGUCAAGGCUAAGUUUGUUUACAGUUUGUCUAUGUGAUUAUUUUAAUCUUACUGUAAUGUUUCGAUUUAUUUUAGCUAUAAAUUAUUGUGACAAAGAUCCGUCCUUGUGCUCAGAAAACGAGGAAUGUCAGAAGGGACCAGAUGAUAAUCCCAAAGCUGUAUCAUGUCUUUGUAAACCUGGAUACGAAAGAAAUGAACAAAACAUUUGUACCUUCGUUCUAUGUGAAUCUGGGAACAACCACUGUAGUGAAUUCGAAAAAUGUUCAGAGGACAAGGACGGCGAUAAACUGUAUCUUUGUGACUGUGUUCUCCCCUAUAGUCUGAAAACCAAUGAAACUUCAUGUGUUCUCAAAGAUGGAGUGAGUUGCACGAACAAUAAGACAAAGUGUGGGAAUGGAGGAGAAUGUAAAUUGUUUGAGGGAAAAGAGACGUGUAUUUGUAAAAAAGGCUACGAAGAAGAAGGUGGAACAUGUGUAGAAUAUUGCCAAAGUAAGAAAUGGAAAGACAAUCCAUCGUCGACAGCCAUUUGUCCUACUGGAAAGUGUGAGCUUACAGACGAACGUAGAAUAAAAUGUGUGUGUGAGCCAUCGAGCAAGUGGGAACAAGCGGACGAUGGGAUAUCAUGCAAAUUGAAACCUUUGUGUGACAAAGGAGAAGUUGGUGAAAAAGAAUGCUCAUCUCGUAGCGCUAAAUGUGAAGUUAGCCGAAACUAUGAAAAAGGUUACCAGUGCCGCUGUCCGGAAGGGACUGAAGUGGACACAAAUGGGAAGUGUAAAUCACUCUGUGAUUUUGAAAAGUAUAUACAAACGUGCAAAAAUCACUACGCAGAUUGUGUUGUGGUGGAUGGUAAAGCAACAUGUGAGUGCAAGCCUUCUUUCCUGGACUAUGAUGGGAAACCUUGUAAAUAUGCUAACGUUACAUAUGCUGUAUCUCUGCGUCUUCCGAAUCUCGAGCUUGCGAGAGUUAAACGAGAAGCUGUUGUUACUUCUUACUCUGAUCCUGGGAUCCACAGAUCAAAGCUAAAAAAAGUCGUGGAUGAUGCGGUAAGAAAGUAAA